UUAUUUUAUUUGAAGAUUUUAAAUGUGUUGGCAACUACUUCCCCCGCAGUCCGAAAGUUUAAUAGUCUUCUUUCUGUUUUGCAGGAACAGUCAAAAUACCCCUUUCCGCUCCCCUCUCCAUCACUGGUCGAUUUCUUUACACCUCGCCUGAAGCCUUUUUGCAAGAGAAAGGAUGCAUUGGUGUGGACGGUACUUGAAUUUAUCCCUCAAAACGAACAGAGUUGAAAGAAAUUUGGCAUGCAGUCGGCAUCGCAUCUGAGGAAAAGGUGAAAAAGAGAACAGAAGUUGUGUUUGGUGUCCUCCAUGAGUAAGAUGAUCUUAAGCUGCAUUUAACUUUGUAAAUAAAGUUGGUCGCAGUAGCCUUCUCAGCUUUCGAGUAGUAUGCCUUUCUGCAGGUUUGUAUAAUAUGAGGACACGUUGAAUUGCAAUUCAGAUUUUAUGUAUAGCUGCCAUUGAAAAUAUUCAGUUCAGCCAUUAGAAGUUAGAUUUAUAUUUUAUCUCAGAGGGGAAGACCAAUAGAGGAUCAAGAUGAAGCCAUCCACAAUUGCUUUUUUUCAAACAUUUCUAUUAGCUUGCCUAUAUUUUAUUUAUCCAUUGAAUGGAGUGCCACAUCAAAUCCUUUUGGACUCGGAUAUCGAUACAGAUGACUUCUUUGCAAUUCUAUAUCUUCUAAAGCAGAACCGGUCAGAGUUCAAUUUGAAGGCAAUUACUAUCAAUGCAAAUACAUGGACUGAUGUUGGACAUUCUGUGAACCAACUAUAUGAUAUUCUUUAUAUGAUGGGGCGUGACGAUAUUCCAGUUGGAAUUGGGGGAGAAGGUGGAAUAUUACCCAAUGGAGAGAUCCUUCCAAAUGUUGGUGGAUACUUACCAUUGAUUGAGCAAGAGCUAUCAACAGUAGGUGGAUGCCGUUAUCGACAAUCUAUUCCCCCUGGCUCUGGUGGGCGGCUGGAUACUGAUAGUAAUUAUGGUAUACGUAAAGACUUUUUACCACAGGGAGAACGGCAUUAUUCACCACUCAAACAACCAACUGCACAAGAAGUGAUGUUUGAAGCAUUGUCAUCAGGUCCAACUACUGUUGUCCUUAUUGGUGCACAUACAAACUUUGCAAUAUUUCUCAAGACAUAUCCUCAUUUGCUGAAGAAUGUGGACCAUGUUUAUGUGAUGGGUGGAGGAGUUAGGUCGAAAAAUCCUACAGGGUGCUGCCCUGAGGAUGGAAACUCCUCUUGCACACCGGGACAGUGUGGGGAUCGUGGGAAUUUAUUCACUGGUUAUCAUAGUAACCCAUUUGCAGAGUUCAAUAUAUUUGGUGAUCCAUUUGCUGCAUAUCAGGUUAUUCAUUCUGGUCUUCCCAUCACACUUGUUCCGCUGGAUGCAACAAACACAAUUCUUAUAAAUGAAGAGUUUUUCACAGCAUUUGAGCAAAGCCAACAUACAUAUGAGGCUAAAUAUUGUUUUGAAUCAUUAAAGUUUGUCCGUGAUACCUGGUUUGAUGAUGAGUUUUACACGAGCUACUUCAUGUGGGACUCAUUUACUUCAGGUGUUGUCGUCUCAAGCAUUCUUAAUGGGCAUACCAAUACUGAGGACAACGAAUUUGCUGAGCUGGAAUAUGCAAAUAUUACUGUAGUUACUUCAAACAAGCCAUAUGGAGUUCAAGAUGGUUCCAAUCCCUUCUUCGAUGAUCGGACUUUGCCCAAAUUUCAUCUUAACAAAGGAGUACACAGUGGUCAUGUUCAGACAAGUCUUGUUGACCCAUUUUGUUUUGUUCCAAAUGGAAAGGGAAAAUGCCAGGAUGGAUAUACUAAAGAGGUAUCUGGAAUGGAAGGAGUAAGAAUAUUGUUAGCCACUAAGGCAAAGCCAAAUCGCAAUAGUCAUAGCCUUCUCAACAGGGAAUAUUACAUGAGUUUCCUUGAUGCUCUAAACUCUCCACAUCAGACUGCAAAGUUUAAUUUGAAGACUGAGUUUCCAUACUACAAGGAAGUCCUAUAUAAGCCUGAUUUAGAGGGCAAGCUACUGGGUAAACCCAUAAUUUUUGACAUGGAUAUGAGCCCAGGAGAUUUUAUUACUCUUUUCUACCUCCUCAAGUUGCCUGUGGAGUUGAUUGAUAUCAAGGGAAUAACUGUUAACGGUAAUGGCUGGGGAAAUGCUGCAACCAUAGAUAUUAUAUAUGAUGUGUUGCACAUGAUGGGACGUGAUGAUAUACCUGUUGGCCUUGGGGACUUCUUUGCACUUGGCCAGACAUACUCAUAUUUCAGUUCAGUUGGUGAUUGUAAAUAUAGCAGAGCCAUUCCUUAUGGAAGUGGUGGUUCCGUUGAUUGUGACACUCUAUUUGGACUUGCUCGUGAUUUGCCACGUAGUCCUCGAAGGUAUACUGCCCACAAUUCUGUGAAGUAUGGAGCUCCAAGAAAUACUGAUCACCCUGAAUUAAGACAACCCAAAGCAGAAGAAAUUUGGCAGAAUGUUUCACAGGAGCUCAAGCCAGGAUCAAAAGUGACAAUUUUGACCACUGGUCCGCUAACAAACAUAGCGAAUUUACUCUCUUCUGACACAAAUUCAAGUUCCAAGAUUGAGCAUAUAUACAUUGUUGGUGGCAAUAUUGACAAAUGCAACAAGUCAUCAAAUGGAAAUGUCUUCACCAUGCCCUCAAACAAAAAUGCAGAAUUCAAUGUGUUUCUUGACCCAAAGGCAGCAAAGCAGGUUAUAGCAACAAAGCUCAAUAUAACCCUAAUUCCUCUAUCUGUCCAACGCAAGGCUUCGUUUUUGCGAAUUCUACAAGAACUAAAGACGUCCAAGGAGACACCUGAAGCGAAGUUUGUGCGCCACCUUCUCUCAGAUAUGGAUCAUCUACAUCAGACAAGUCAUGUAUACAAGCACUUGGACAUGUUUUUGGGAGAUGUGGUGGGUGCUGCAACCAUGAUUGGGCCAGAACUAAUCAUAAAGACCAAACAAAUGCCUGUCAAGGUGGUGGAAACAGGCGACGUGGCGACUGAUGGAUGGACUGUCCUUGACCAUGACAAGGGCAAUUCCAUCCAUGUUGUGGAAGACAUUGAUUUGGACGCUUACUUUCGACAUUUUGCAACUAUGUUGAAUGACAAAGCCCAGUCUGCUGUAAUUGCUAGUUACUCAGAGCAAAAACGACUAUGGAGUACACACCCCUAGUCCUGUCCUACUUCUACACCACCCUCAAAGACCAGAAACUAUGAGGCCUUGAGAACUGUCUUUAAUGAACCUGAAUUAUUCGUCUAUGGAAUGAAUGAAUGCUUUUAAUAACGAGGCCAAACAGCCUAUGGAAUCCAUGGAUAGCCAGCCAAAUCGGAAAAGGUGCAUUAAAGGCAGUACUGCUCUCAUAGUUUCUGAGCUUGAAAGAAACUGAUCUGCCAAUUCAUAUAAAGGCAGUAUUCAUUUUAUAAUUCAUUGAAUGGAAAAUAUGUACAAAAUAAUUAAAAUCAAUUUAAUUUAUUAAAUAAAAAGAAACAGUGCCCUUUCACAGGCUUGUAAAUGUAAAUCCAUGCUUUGGGUAAGGUGCUUUAUCUUUUUUAAUUAUCACAAUAAUUUAAAAGGGGAAAUUGAAGUUCGUUUGGCAUGGAACAUGGCAUUAUAGGAGACAGCUAUUCUCCCUACAAAACACAUUUAUUCAAUUGUAAUUUGACUUUAUAAUCUACAUUCAAUCAAUAAUAUCUUAACUAAUUUGUUACAUUGA